UUAACAACCCUCAAAAAGCUUUGGUAGCCUUUAACAACCCUCAACUACAACUACAAAAUGUCUGCUUUCCAUAGCCAAUGACAAUAUUUAAGACAUGAAAACUGAUCAGGCAGCUUGUAUUGUCUAGCCAGAUGAUUAAGCUUAACAGCUGAGCACUGUGUGAGCCAUGGAGGUUGAUGGAGUCCCAUCACAGGAUGACCAUGGUCUCAGGCGUCUGCUUCCUCUGUACCACUUUCUACAAAAUACAUGUGUGAAAGCUGCUUUUGACAUCCUUGUUCGUGAAUUCAGAAAUACCCAGUACAUCAGAGACAACCUUGAUAAGCAAGUUAAACGUUCAAUGAAAUUCCAGGUCUUGCUCUAUCAGAUUCACAACAGAACUAAGACUUACGAUAAAGGAAAAAAGAAAAAAGGACAAGGUGGGAGUGGAACUAAUUCACAGUCCCAAGAGAACAGCUCCCACAACAGAAGAUCGCAACAGAUAACCAAUAUUAAGGAAAAUGAAUAUAUACUCUCACAGGUCACAGUGGAGGAUUUGCUCGAUGCCAAUGAGAAAUGCAAAGUGCUUAUGGACUUAGAUUUGAUCUUUAUUCUAAAUGUGAUAAUAAAUGAAACUAUCAAGUACACUUUGAGCGAUUCAUUACUGGAAGCCAUUAUUCAGAUAAAGGACAUCAGGAAAGUUGUUUUUUCCACCCACGUUACUCUUUUAGUGAGGAUGCCUUUGACAAAAAUCUGAAAGGCUUGGUUAAAGCAACUUACAUCUUGUAUAAGCACUUGGGCUACUCAUUAGAACAAGUGGACGAGAAAGAAAAUGCAUGCCGUAAGGAAGCCACACAGGGUGAUACACUUGCAUCUACAA